CGAGGUGUAACGAAUUUUGGAGACAAAACACAAUGGGAGAAGCGCCUGCACAGAUUCCGACAAGUUUCGGCCACGAGCUCAGGGCUUGUCUUCGAUGCCGCCUCGUCAAGACCUACGAUCAGUUUAGGGACUCUGGGUGCGAGAAUUGUCCCUUCUUCAAAAUCGAAGAAGAUCCUGAGCGUAUUGUCGAUGUUACCACUCCUAAUUUCAACGGUACAAUCUGUAUGAUGGAUCCACGCAGAAGUUGGGCCGCAAGGUGGUUAAGAAUUGGGAAGUUUGCUCCUGGUUGCUACGCUCUUGCUGUCUCAGAGACACUCCCAGAGGAAAUGCAGUUCCUAUGCCAAGAUGCGCGAGUGCAGUAUGUUCCGCCCAAACGCAUUUGAAGCCCUUUUGCAUCAUGUUGAGAUCUCUGCAAGUCAUCAGCUUCAAGAAGCCUGAGUUUUGAAUCCAUGGAGGCUAUCAGUGGAAGUAGCUUAGUUACUACUUUGUUCUCUGAUUUCAACUAAUUUUAAGAUUUUGAGUUUCGUUUUGCCAACAAAAAAAGAACAUCUCUUUCCAAACUCAUUUGGUGGUUCAU